AUGGCCAUGCAGAAGAGGGGAAUCGGUCGACCUGCUGGUCAUCAGAGUACCGGCGGUAAAACGAUUCUGGGUGGCAAACGACACCGCAAGAUCUUGCGAGACAAUAUCCAUGGAAUCAAUACAUUUGCUGACCGUAUCAUUCUAGCCAAGCCCGCUAUUCGACGACUUGCUCGCCGCGGUGGUGUGAAGCGCAUCUCAGCAGGCAUCUAUGAGGAGAUCCGCACUGCGCUCAAAGCUCGCCUGGAGACUAUUCUCCGAAACUGCGUUAUCUACGUGGAAUACAGAAACGCCAAGACCGUCACCGUCCAGGAUGUUAUUCACAGUCUAAGCCGCAUGGGGCGCCCUCUCUGGGGGUUUGACCUCGAAACAUACAACCCUAACAAGUAG